CGGUUUGGGGAACUCCGGUGAGAACAACAUCACGUGAUUAAUUCUCAACUCUUAUCUCUGUCCUAAUUUCAACUUCCUCCCACACACGUGCUCUUCAAUUGUCCCAUUUGGGCAGGCACCGAUUUCAUUUGAUGGAUUGUCAAAUGCAAAGUUAUAUUGGAAGGAAUUCAUAUUUGAAUCCCCAAUGAAGCUUCUCUAAUCAUCAAGAUGCACCGAACACAAAGAGUGGCGAUGGUAUCUGACACGCAAGCAGCAACCAAUCACUGGUCUGAUGAAGAACUGAGGGAUAAAGUUGGACAGGUAUGUCUUAAACUGUCUAAAUAAUUUUGUAUUUUAGAGUGAUCCAUGGUAUUUUUGCUGCGUCUUUCAAUUCUCCAGUCUCCCCAAUGUCAUGGGAUUCGCGGAGGGCGGAGGGAUGGCAUAACCUCGAAAUGCGAUGACGCAAUCGAUUUAUCAUACUGACUUUAAGGACAAUGCAGCUUUUUAUUGUUGGAUUUCAUGGCCAUGUUACCAACGAAGAUAUCAAGACUCUCAUCACAGUUCACAGAGUCGGAACCAUCAUACUUUUUCAGAGAAAUGUCGCAGAUUCGGCCCAACUGUCCCAAUUAACUGCUUCAUUACAAGAGAUCGCAAAAGGUUCUGGGCAUGCUCAGAGUCUUUUCAUUGCAAUCGACCAGGAAAAUGGACUAGUGGCUCGUAUCAAUCCACCUAUUGCAACAGAACUUCCUGGUCCAUGGCUCUGGGAGCGACCAAUGAUCCGUCAAAUGCUUUUACUGUUGCUGUAUGCACAGCCAAAAUAUUGAAAGCAUAUGGUAUCAACAUGAAUUAUGCCCCCGUUGCGGACAUAAAUUCAGAACCAAAGAACCCCGUCAUUGGAGUAAGAUCAUUCUCAGAUGAUCCGCAGACAGUGGGAAGAUUUGUAUCAUCUCAAGUGGAAGGUUUACAGCAAAAUGGCAUACUGUCUUGCGUCAAACAUUUCCCUGGCCAUGGUGAUACGGCUGUGGACUCUCAUCAUGGCCUUCCGGUUAUUACUAAAUCCAAAGGGGAACUAGAAGCCUGUGAGCUGGUACCGUUCCGGCGUGCUGUGAAAGCUGGUGUAGAUGCUAUUAUGACUGCUCAUAUAUCUCUACCUCAGUUAAACAGAAAUUUCAACGUAGCUAACAACCAAUUGCCAGCUAGCUUGUGUCCCGAUGCAAUAAGAAUCUUGCGCCAGGAGAUGGACUAUGAUGGCUUGAUAGUAAGUGAUUGUUUAGAAAUGGACGGCGUUAGAGCGACUUAUGGGACAGAGAAAGGAGCAGUUAUGGCAUUAAAGGUCAUUAUCACGAAUAUUCUUACAAAAGCCAAUGCUGAAAUCUUGUGCAUAUAGGCAGGAACUGACUGUGUCAUGGUGUGUCACACAAUGAAAGCUCAAGUCGGUGCCAUUGAAGCUGUUAUUGCUGCAGUGAAAUCUGGUGAGAUUUCCCAGGAGGUGGUUGAGUCAUCAGUAGACUGAGUUAUACGACUAAAGACUAAAUAUUUAUCCACGAGUGUUUCAACGGCUGAUUCUUACUCAAAUGUUCAAAUGCUUAACGAAGAAUCAUCAAAAGUUGCGUCAGAAGUUUACGCCAAGAGCACAACUGUUGUCCGCACUGAGCUGGGAUAUCUUUCAAUCCCAAGAGAUUCUAUGAAAGUUUUAUUGUUGUUCGCAUCAGAGGCACAUCUAGGGGGUGGUGCUGUUGACAGUGGUGAGGAUAGAGCAGCUCAAUCCCCACUGCUCAUCUCGUAUAUUGAGACUCUCAAGCCUUACUGUGAAUCUAUCAUUGACAUACAAUUCAACGAGGGAUAUUUAUUGGGUCCAGGUCACAAGGACAUGAUUCAUUUUGCGGAGGCUGAUAUGAUAAUUCUUGCGACCAGAAAUGCGACCUUCAGUCCCUAUCAAAAAGCUUUGGGACGAUUUCUGGGCAAAUCUCUUAUUCCGAACAAGAAGUUCAUCACAAUUGCAACUUGUGAUCCGUACGAUUUUCUUGAAGAUAGGAAUGUCAUAAAAAAUUACAUCGCAAUAUAUGAGCCUAGUGUCUCAGCUUUUAGAGCAGCGGUGGAGGUAAUAUUUGGCGUUCGACCGGCUCGAGGAAUACUUCCUGUAUCUUUACCGAGCUCUCGACAUACUACUCAUCCGUUUGAGGAGACGGUGGAGGAUCAAGUGGGGCGCUGGCUGACAUGAGCGGGGAUAAAAUCAAUGCAUCAAGGCCUUGGAUUAGCAAGUCUGCAUCACGAAUUUAGGGUUUACAUCAUCACCUUCGGCUCGAUUGGUGAGCUAAGCUUGAUUUCCUCUUUCUCUGAAAUUAUUCGAGGGCUUUUUGCAUUAUUAAUAUUGAUACCAUCAGGUCCUAAAACGGAUCGCGGGUUAGAAAACCAUCAAGUCUACUCUGUUCGCUAAGGCGCUGGAGUACAGGAAGAAACGGCGUGUUGAAGGAUUGUGCAUUGAUUGGGUUGGGAUUAGUGGCCGCCAUGAGACAUCAGGCGCCUUGAGUCUGAAGAAAGUAUGAAUUACGUGGAUAGUGCCAACAUUUCGCAGCAUCACAAAUACAACGCGGAAGGGCAUUCUCCGAGCUUGAUCAGGAAUUCUGCACUAUGGCAAAUGACUGAGGAGCAAGAGGUUGAGUGCAGUGGCGAUCUCAAGAUUUCCCCACAAUUGAAUAAGGUGCAGCUCAAUCUUGAGGUACACAACAGAUAACGGAAGAUAUUUCUACCUCAGCCUAAGUGGAAUGAACUGACUAUGUAUGGGGCUUGUUGGGAAAAUAUGACAGAGGCUUUUAGUGGUCAGUAUUCUGUAAUGUGAUGCUUCGUACUCGUCGUCGCAAUGAUUUCUGACAUAAAAGUAGCAUCUUGUGUUGCCUGGAGAUGGCUAUGGAACGAACACACCCUUGAAUAUUUUCUUUGUUGCUGGACCCACUUUGCCGAACCUUCCGCUCAUUCACUUCAGUCCAUUGGAUGACCGUUGAUGUUCUGUUAAUCCCCCCGAUGCUAAGGCCGCACUUCCCGGAGAAGUUAGCUCUUCAAUUUUGAAGGAUAAUUUAUCCUUCUCCAAUAAAGCUUUACUUGGCGAUCUGAUGACCACGUUCCGUUACAUUGUAAAAACUGGGGAAUCCCUGCCCUCAAACAGACUUCUAAUUGGAAGAAAAGUUACAUGGGAAGGUGUAGAUAUUUUUCGGUCGGUAGAAGUGGACGCCGGACCUGCAAAUAUAUCAAACCCCUGUGCUCUAUUGGAAAGUCUUUCAAUCUAUAUAAAUAAAAAUUGAGCAGUGGACGCAAUGUUUAUCCUGUAAUCUCUGUCUCCGACGACUGUCUAAAAUCAUGAAGCUCUUUCGAAAUAGGGGGAUGAUUAGAUAGAUCUUUCGGAAGGAUUAUUCCAUGUUGUUUCAAACAAAUACAUAGUAAAGUGUAAUAGCGCGAAAAAGCGAACUUUCAUGCCGAAACAAAACUUUAAUUUCUCGGCUAAAUAGUUCACUGACGACCAUUGGC